AUGCAGCGUGCUGCAAUUGCCUGCGCGGCACUCGCCGCAGUGGUUUCUGCCAGCCCAGCGCCAGCACCACAACUGGACUAUGCAGCGAUCGCUGCCGCUACACCUGUCCCACAGGGCCCGGAAUAUGGCCUAUCCAACCAGACGGCCACCGUCUACACCAGCGUGACCAUCACUGGCGCCGUAACUGCAGCGACCUAUGCCAACAACAACCAAAAGCGUGAUUACGUUGACUCUUCUUACACUCCAUACUACCCGGCUCUGGCCACCUCCUACACGACCGAUCCAGCCCUCGCCGCAACCAAGACCACGACUGCUGGCCAGGCCUGCGUUACCCAACCUGAGGCAGGAACCUACUGUGGAUUCAUCAACCCUCUCGACGCUUGCGCACCUCAGCCAGAUGGCUACGGCCCCGUUCCAUCGCCUGACACUGCGAGCGCAUUCCUCGCCUUCCCAAAGCUGCACCAAUCUGCACAGGCUGCCCCCACCUCCGUCCCAUCCAAGGAUGGCAACCAGUACUCCCAGGUCUUCAAGGACUUGCAGGGUGCGGUAUCCGGAAGCUCCUACCUGAGUCUCUACACUCUCAGCACGUACAGCGUUGCCGACUGUGCCGCCCGCUGUGAUGCCACCGAUCUUUGCACUGCAUUCAACCUGUUUGCUGAGCGCGACCCUUCGCUCAACCCAACUAACAACGACUCUACCUACGACCCUGGCUACCAAACUGUCUGGGGACAGGACUGCCCCAACCCUCCAUCCAUGACUUCGUUCAAGUGCACCCUGUGGGGCUCUAGCAUCGAUUCCUCUAUGGCGACGAACACCGGCUCGACGAGGUCACAAUUCCAAAUCGUCGUCACUGGCAGCAACGGUUACGACAAGACUCAGAAGGUCACUCCACCACGAUGCUCCCUUCCUCCAACCACGUCCACUCAAGCCCCAAGCCAGGCCACCAAGCAACCAACCUCGCCCAAGCAACCAACCUCGCCAGCGCCACAAACAUCCUUCCCAUGGAAGCAGCCCGAGAACUGUGGUGGCAAGGGAAUCAACUCUCCCAAGUACCACAUGGGUGGUAAAUUCUUCCCCGGACCUUUCAACCCACAGGUGUGCAGCAACUACGCUCUUCUGCAGAAUGAGAUCAACACCAAGUCCGGCAAGAAGCAAUGCCAGAUGUUCAACGCCCAAUACCUUCACAAGGACGGUGUCGCUUUCGGAACGUACUGCUCGCUCUACAGCAGCUACCUCAGCUCCCGCCAGUACGCCACCAUUGGUGUCACCUGGAGCGCUGGUUCCAAGUUCGAGUGCAAGCAAUCUUGGACUUACACCCUAAAUGUGAGUGUCGCAGCCAACUGGUGGAACCCAUUCAGCCCAGCUUCCUGGUUUCCUUCGGGACCUUCGGGAUGGUGGUAG